AUGACGGACGCUACGGUCGCGGCGGGAGUGACGGCGAUCAUCGACCCGCUGCUUCGCGCCGUCGUUCUCGCCCCCGUCGACCCCGCGCACUACCCGCUACUGCAGCCCGCCACCCGCGCGAUUUCCGCUUCCGCAGCCCGUCGCCCACGCGCUACCCGCUGCUUCUGCCCAUCGCCGACGCGCUACCCGCAAUUGCAUCCCGCCGCCUGCGCGAUAUCCGCUGCUGCAACCCGUCGCCCGUCCCGUCACACAGCCGCCCGUCGCCAGAUCCCCGCCACCCGUAUGCACUCCGCUGUCCGUCGCCAGGUCCCCGCCCACCCUCCCGUCGACUUCGCAACUGCUGUGAAGGGAGUGGCGAGAGUUGUGGGAGUGGCGAGAGUGCUUGCGCCUGAUGGCAGCGCAGUCAACUUCCCCAGUUGGCUGAACUGUCUCGAGCGGACGCUGUCUGGCACCCUCGUGAGUGGCUUUAACCUCUGGUUUGUCACUCAGCAGAGUGGUUCUGGCGCCAUUUCUAAACCUGCCUCUGCACCUACCUCUACCUCCUCUGACCCCUAUGCUGAUGGCCUUCGUGCUGCUAUCGCUGAAACUGAGCGGAUUGCGGCCACGGCCCAAGCCACUGCUGCGGCUGCUCCUGACAAUUCUGCCGCCCGCGACCUCGCUCGUGUCCUUGCUGAGUCCCUCGAGAGCACCCGCAAGCACCUCACUGAGCACCUCGCUGCCCCCUCUCCUCGUCCUGCCUCUACUCCCUCUGCUUUUGCUCCAUCUCACUCUGACCUUCUCGCUGACUGGCAUGUUGCCAACGCACGUGCCUGCCACGUCAUCCUUGCCUGCCUACCUCCAACCCUUCUCCCUCAGUGCUCGCACAUCCGCUAUGCCAAGGACCUUCUCGGCUAUCUUACCGAGCGCUUCCAGUCGCAGACUCCCAUCAGUGUCAUUGCCCUCUUACGCGAGCUUACCUCUCUUCGCCUUGCUGACUUCACCACCAUGGCGGACUACACCGCUCGUGUGCAGACGAUUACCUCCCAACUUGCCUCUCAAAAGUUUGAACUUUCCGAUCAUGUGUGCGGUGCCCUCCUCCUCACAGGCCUCACUCCUGAAUACAGUGUUCAUGUCACUCUGUAUGGUGAGCGCCCUGCCGACCAGUGGUCGUUCUCUCGUGUCUCUGCCUUCCUCCUCCAGGCAGAGCUCAACCUCCGCAGCUGCCCUCCUACUGCCGCCGCUGUCACAUCCUCUUCCGCCCCACCCCCCCUCUCCCCACCUCCACUGCCGUCGCUGCUUCCUCUCGCCCUCGCAACACCUUUCCUCCUUGCACCUACAUCAUUCGCCAAGGGCCCCGCAAGGGAGCUGGGGAUACCAUGA